CACUCCCUUCCUCUCGCUCUUCUGCUCGGUGUCUUUCAUCUGCUCUCAGGCUACUCCACCUUUCUCCACCCGCAGUAGUCAGAGACAGAGCGGAUCACCAGCGGUAGGGUUUCUUAACUGCUCACCAGCGUUCGGCAGUCCGUCUUUGGGAUUCUCUAAAAAGGACACCAGGACAAUAAGAUGUCGCCCUCGUCUGGGUGAGCAGCUGGAUAUGGAGAAUAAAUUCUUAGGGCUUUUUUGGGGGGGGGGCUUUGGAUUUUUAGGGAUUUUUGGGCUUUUUCUAAGGCAACAUGUGAACCAAGAGCUUCACUUUGACUUCUCUCGCAAGACAGGAUCGGAGAAAGUCCAAAAAGCAGCCGUUUUUGAAGAAUGUAUUUAACUGUCGGUGAUGUCGGCGAGGGUGUUUGAGCUCUGGAGAAGACCAAGGGAGCAGGAGCUUCCGGGUGUGGAAGCGGCGCAGUCCCGUGAUGAAGAUGACCAAUACCGCCAGCUCUCUCUGUGUCCCGUCUUCAGCCGGGGGCACGACCACGUCCUGCUACUGCCGUGCUCUCACCCCAUGUGUGCCCACUGCAUAGCCGCCGUGCAGGAGACGAGAUCAGGCCGGUCUCGCGGUCAGUCUGGUGGUCAGCGUAGCGUGGCGCCGGUGGCCUGCUUGGUGCCGUGCCAGUACUGCCGACGUCCUGUGGAGCUGCCGUGCCGGACGUGGUCAUCUGCCACUUCCUGUCUCCCCAAGCAUCCCAACCCGAGUCUUUUGCGUGUCAGCGGGGGGACAGACAGGAAGGUGGGACAAUCUGAAGAUCAAAGUCAACACGUGCAGGGGGUUUCACGCUGCCGGGACGCGAGUGACACGGCGGAGCCCGGCUGUUUACAUGGCUGCGACGCUGCCAGUUCCUCGGUAGCACCAGUGGAUGGCGAUGUGGACCUACGAGAGGAGGAGAUGGAGCGGUCCGUCUCGGGACUACAUUUCGCUCUGGACUGUUCAAAUGUCCCUCCAUCCCUCGCUCUGUCCAACUUCUCCCUCACCGUCACCUACCAAGGAGAGAAUCCGCCUCAAGGCCACGAUGCCAGGAGAUCCACGACCUGUGACCCCCUCCCCCAGGUCAGCGCCGACGUGGUCAUUGCACGAGGACAGUACUACUGGGAGGUGGACGUCUGUAACAGCUCCGUCUACAGGAUCGGCGUCCGCCCCCUGGAUGGUUGUGGCGGCUGGUGGCUUGAGAGACGGGGCCCAGCUUUUCGUGCGGUGUACGAUGGGAACCGCGAGACGCUGCGUACCGUCCCGCCUCGGGUCAAAACCCUCGGGGUCUUCCUGAACGUCGGGGGGGGCGCCCUGAGCUUCCACAACCCUCUGACCCGGGAGCACCUGGCCACCCUGCCGACCCGCUUCGGCCCGGCCGGAGUUCUCCCGGCUCUGGGCCUCGGCCAGGGCCGGCUGAGGCUGCGCUGCGGCCUCCCGCCCCCUCCCCACGUGUUCCUCGGCAGGGACUCGGACUACAGGGAGCGCCCCGGCGGGGGCCGGUGGUCCCGGGACGCUCCCUUCCAGUCGGUGAAGAGAGUGAUACAGAGGUUCGAGGAGCUGGCCGUGUCCGACUCUGACUCGGGCCUGGUGUCCGGCUUUGGGUCGUCCUGCUGCACCGUGGAUCUGGCCACUGGGACGUUUCCCCGCGGGGGGGAGGGACAGGAAUGAGGAACAAUGGGACCACCGGAAACGCACUGCUCCUCCGGGGGGUUUGAUCUUCGGCUGUGUUUGAAAGGCAAAUCUUUGAAUCUUAAAAGAGUUUUGGCCGCCUCUUCACCGGUCUCUGCGUGACCCCCCCGGACCUGCAAUGGCCUCUCUCCCCAGGACGCAGCCCCUCUCUGCCUCAACCAAACAAACCCCCCCCCCACCCCCGGAUUGGGUCAAGAAAGACUCUUCUGUAAUGGGAGGUGUGAGGAGAAGGUGGGCUUCGCUUAGCAGCAGGACUCCUGGAUCUGUCUCUGUGUGACGGUUGUCAGGCGGUAGGGGGUCCAACAGCGCACGUCCUUGCGUGUGUGUCUGUGUGUGUGUGCACAAGCAUGACAACGCGUGAG